AUGGAAAUCAAACAAGAGCCCGGCAUCAAAGAAGAACCUUUGGAUGGCAGUGAACUUGGUUUGGUGACACGAUCGAAUGAAAGAUUUGCAGCAGAUGCAGAGACUGCGACAUCUAACAUCGAAUUGGUGGAAGAGUCUGAAUGGGAUUCUGAUCUCGACUUUGACUUGAAUGCUGUGAAAAAGGAAGUGAAGUGUGAAGAAGGAAAAGGAAAAAAUUCUUCAGCGGAAUCGGGGUCAGAAGAAGAAGAACCAGCUAGGCAUGACGAUCCAGAUGUUGAACCAGCGGUCCAAUCAAACGCCAUUCGCAAGCGAAAAAAUUCGGACAGUAAAGCCAAGAAACACGAUAGAUCAAGAAAGCAAAACAAUCGAAAGAUUCCAAGGAAUAAGGCAGCAAGCAAACGAACGGAGCACAAAUGUCGUGUUUGUGGUUAUGUUACACCGGAAAAAGGGAAUCUCACCAGACACAUUCGCAUUCACACAGGCGAGAAGCCUCACAAAUGCGAAUAUUGUUCGAAAAGUUUCGCAUGCAAAAGCAACAUGAUUCGGCACAAGAAGAUCCACAGCGGAGAAAAGCGAUUUGAAUGCUCCGUUUGUACCAAAUCAUUCUCAUGGAAACAUCAUUUGAAUGGUCACUUGCGAACUCAUGCCGAAGAUCUUCCCCUUUCUUGUUUGAAAUGUGGUCAACGAUUUGCUGAAGAAGAGGUCAAAUUGGCAUUGGCUAUGGAUAUGGAUCCAGGCGAAGGUACAUCGGAUGGUCGUGUAAUGCGUAAAGCAAACAGUUUUGAAGUAGAAAUCAAACAAGAGCCAGACAUCAAAGAGGAACCAUCGGAUGGCGGUGCAUUCGGUUUGGUGAUACGUUUGAAUGAUGGACUAGAAGCAGAUAAAAUGACAUCAAACGUUGAAUUGACGGACGAGUCCGAAACGAAUUUUGAUCUCGACAUUGAUUUGAAUGAUGUGAAAGGGGAAGUGAAGUGUGAAGAAGGGAAGCCAGCAAAAGAAAAGGAUUCUUCAGCGGAUUUGGGCUCGAAUGGAAAUGAAUCAAAUGCCCGUCACAGUCAAGGUAAUGAGCCGAUGGUCGAACCAAACGUCAGUCAUAAAAUAAUCAAUUCGACAGGUGAAGGAAAGAGACACAAUGGAUCAAGAAAACAGAACAAACAGAAGAUUCCGAGGAAUAAGGCGGCGAAGAAACGAACGGAGCAAAAGUGUCAUGUUUGCGGUUAUGUUACAUCGCAUAAAGGGAAUUUUGCCACACACAUUCGCAUUCACACAGGCGAGAAGCCUCAUAAAUGCAAUGAUUGUUCGAAAAGUUUCGCACAAAAAAUCGACUUGAUUCGCCACAAGAAAAUCCACAGCGGAGAAAAGCAAUUCGAAUGUUCCAGGUCAAACAAUGGCAUGAAUAUCGAUGCAAACAACGUCGAUACGAAUGUUAUCUCUGCGACUACUAUUGUUUUGCCAAACACUGUUUGA